AUGAAGUAUGGUGAAGCCGGAAGCUUGUUGAAUUACUUUCACAAUAAGGUUGUCGAGAAUCCUUCAUUUCAAUAUGCUUUGCAGCUAGACAGUGAAGAACAAAUAACAAAUAUUUUUUGGGUUGAUGCAAAAAUGUUGAUUGAUUAUGCUCACUUUGGUGAUGUUGUCACUUUUGACACCACAUUUGGAACUAAUCAGGACAUUCGUCCAUUCGGUGUGUUUGUUGGCUUCAACCACUUCAGAGAAACCGUGAUUUUUGGGGUUGCUCUGAUGUAUGAUGAGUCAGUUGACUCCUUCAAGUGGCUAUUUGAAACUUUUCUUUCAACUCAUAAUCAAAAGAAGCCAAGAACUAUUUACACUGAUCAAGAUGUUGCAAUGGGAAAGGCUAUUACAGAUGUGUUACCAGAAACAUGGCAUGGAUUAUGCACUUGGCAUAUAAUGCAGAAUGCAAUUAAGCAUUUGAACUGUCACAUGGUUGAAGGUUCAAAUGUUCUUGGUGAUUUUAGUGCUUGCAUGUAUGAAUACGAGGACAUAGUAAAAUUUGAAGAUGUAUUUUCCAAGAUGAGAGCUAAGGUACAUAAGCAAACUUGGCUUGAUAGUAUCUAUAAGGUAAAGGAAAAGUGGGCUGAAUGUUACAUGAAGGAUGUGUACACGUUAUGUAUGAGAAGUACCCAAUUAAGCGAGAGUCUAAAUAGUGACAUGAAGGAGUACUUAAACUCGGAACUGAACAUUCUUCGCUUCUUUAGUCAUUUUGAGAGGGCUGUCCAAGCAAAAAGAGAUAAAGAGAUCACUUUAGAGUACGAUUCAAGGGAAAAGUUGCCGCGCAUUCAGAUGAGAACUCCAAUGCUACUGCAAGCAAGCAACAUUUACACGCCGCAGAUAUUUGAAGCCUUUCAAAGUGAAUAUGAAAGAUUUAUGGCAGCCUAUACAAGACCAUCAUCUGAAGGCAAUGCAUACAUUGUUGGAAUUGGAGUUCUUGAUGAAGAAUCUACACUCGAGGAGGAGCAUGUGUUACCUGAACACUACAUUAUGAAGCGAUGGACAACUAUUCAUGAUGCAUUUGGGAGAAAUGUUUUAGUAGAUCCAAAGGGUGCAAUGGUGACUAGAGUAGCACAGCCUCAAACAAUAGUUGAGAAAUGCUUUAGAACUGACCAAGAUCAGAUCGAAGGUUCUGAAUUCAUUGGAAGUUACACUCAACUACUGAUGGGUCACUCUGGUGGUCACAAAUUGAACUCUGAAGGUUUAUUUGGCACUGCUUGGACUAUGGAUGAUUAUACAGUCUGA